GGGAGGGCGGCCGCGGGCAGAAGUGGCGCUGCGCUCCGCCGGCCGGCAGCAUGCGGCCCCUGCUCUGCGCGCUGGCCGGGCUCGCCCUGCUCCGCGCCCCGGGCGUCUUCGCCGCUGAUGAACCCUUCAUCCCCUCCCGAGGAGACUCAGCUCAGAGCACAGGGUGUGACAGAUACAUGGCUGUCCACAGUCGGCUGGACGUCAUAGAGGAGACAGUGGAGAAGACGGUGGAGCACCUGGAGGCAGAAGUCAAAGGCCUGCUGGGUCAGCUGGAGGAGCUGGCCUGGAACUUGCCCCCGGGGCCCUUCAGCCCGAUCCCCGACCUCCUCGGAGACGGAGAUGAUCGCUUUUGAGCCCCAGAGCUGGAGCCGCCCAGCAGCUGGCAGUGACACAACAGCUUUCCUCUGAGAACAGAACAGGCAUUCUGGCCUGGCUUCCUCAGCUUUGUGCAAAAUAAAACCUACUCCUUUGGUC